UAAUUGUGGUAUUGAUCCAUUCCAUCAAAAUAGAGGCCAAAAAGGUCAAUCAUAGUUGGCGUGGGCAUCCCAACAAUUUCAACAUUGAAUGAUGUAAACACAGGAAUAUCAGUCGCAACAACUUCUUUCCCAAACUAUGUGAACUCAGUUUUCUCUUCCCAAACAUUUAAACUCCAGCCUUUUGACGUCCAAAAUUACUCCCAUCAAGCUUUAUUCACACUUGUUCAGAGCUUUAGGGAAAAAUAUGGCGUCCAUUCCAUCCAUUAGCCUUGGCACACAAGGCCUCCAGGUUUCUCAACUUGGUUUGGGAUGUAUGGGGCUGUCAGCCUUUUAUGGUGAACCCACUGCUGAGGAAGAUGGUAUUGCUUUAAUUGAGCAUGCUUUUAACAAAGGCAUCACUUUCUUCGAUACUGCAGACAUGUAUGGACCUUUCACAAAUGAGGUCUUGGUUGGUAAGGCCCUGAAAAGAUUGCCUCGGGAGAAAGUUCAACUUGCUACAAAGUUUGGCAAUGUCUUUAUAGAUGGUGUUAUAAAAGUUAAAGGUUCACCAGACUAUGUCCGAAAAGCUUGUGAGGACAGUCUUAAGCGUCUUGAUGUAGAAUAUAUUGAUCUUUAUUACCAGCAUCGGGUGGACACUACAGUUCCAAUAGAAGAAACUGUAGGGGAACUCAAGAAACUAGUAGAAGAAGGAAAGAUCAAAUAUAUUGGGCUCUCUGAAGCUAGUGUGGACACUAUUAGACGAGCUUAUGCAGUGCAUCCCAUAACAGCUGUUCAACUUGAAUGGUCUUUGUGGACACGUGAUGUAGAGAGUGAAAUAAUUCCUACAUGCAGGUUCCUUAUGUUUAAGAAUCUCUUUGUUGGUUUUUUUAACAAAUAUAUCAUGUGCUUUGUUACGAAGUUAUUUUUUUGAAAAUGUGUACUCGAU